UAAAAGAAUAGAGUUGAACAAUCCCCGUAAAAGAAGGGCGAGACAAAGGGAGCGAGAGCCAUGGAGAAAGUGGCGGUGGCGGAGCUGUGGGGGACUUUGAAACACGCGAUCGAGGCCUACACGGGACUUUCGCCGGCGACCUUCUUCACCGUGCUGGCCCUGGCCGUCGCCUUCUACUACGUGGUCUCCGGCUUCUUCCAGCCUUCGCCCGCCCCGUGGAAGCGCGAGCUUGAGUUCGAGGCUGUCGAGCCCCUCCCAACCCCCGUCCAGCUUGGCGAGAUCACCGAGGAGGAGCUCAAGGCCUACGAUGGCUCCGAUUCUAAAAAGCCCCUCCUCAUGGCCAUCAAAGGCCAGAUCUACGACGUCACCCAGAGCAGGAUGUUUUAUGGACCUGGUGGCCCAUAUGCAUUAUUUGCUGGUAAAGAUGCUAGUAGGGCAUUGGCUAAAAUGUCCUUCGAACCAAAGGAUCUGACUGGCGAUAUUUCUGGGCUUGGCCCUUUUGAGCUUGAUGCGCUGCAGGACUGGGAAUACAAGUUCAUGAGCAAAUAUGGGAAGGUCGGGACAAUAAAGAAAACUGUGCCUGUGGCAGAUGCGUCCACAGGAAGUACCUCUGAAACAACAGAGAAAGGUCCUGAUACCACAGACAUCAGCCCGGCAGAGAGUCAAGCAGGUCAUGCUGUAGAAUCCAAGGACAGUGGUCAGGCAGACCAUGGUGCUAAAUUAGAGCAUAUAGCAAGAUCAGAGGAAGAUAGUCCGGGAGAUCACGCAGAACAUGGUGCUAAAUCAGUGCAUAUCGCAGAAUCAGAGGAAGAUGGUCCGGGAGGUCAGGCAGAACAUGGUGCUAAAUCAGUGCAUAUAGCAGAAUCAAAGGAAGAUGGUCCAGCAGGUCAUGGUAAUGAAGAAGCGUGUAAGACAGAAUUGAAGGUCAAUACUCCAGCAGAACAUGGUGCUGAAACUGAUGCUGCUGACCACAAUGCAAAUCCGAUGGAAGCCAGUUCUGGUGGAGGAACCAAAGAGUAGUUCAAAUUAGUGUUUUGUUCUCAUGGUAAACCGUCAGAUAUGGAGGGUUCUGUUGAUCUGCAUGAUAUAGAACUCGUGACUGUUCUGUUUUCAGAGGCAGGGGAGGGAUGUUCUUCAUUUUUAUGUUUAUAUGUGUUAUGACCUGGCCCAAUUGAGCCUUAAACCCAGUCCAUAAAAGCCGAUAGGAAAAAAAAAAAAUAGAGAACCGAAGAAGACUCUCGUAGGAAGUCUUCUCUUUCCUCCUGACGGGCUCCUAAUUGGAGUCGGAAAAUGUCAUGACUCUUCCCCUCCGAUCCUAUUUAAAAGGGAGAUUUUUUUCUCUCCCAUCAAAAAA